AUGACAGAAGAUCUAAAUCAUUUUGCAAAAUAUUAAACCUACUCCUCAUAUUUAACUAUUUAUAAUGAUACAGACUCUCAUUCCAAAACUUAAAGACUUAAUAGAAACCCAUUAGAAUAUUACACAAAGAGAGGUUUGGAUCCACCAAAAACAAUUUAUGGAGACCCAGCACAAAUUCUUAAUCCUUAAGCUCCUUAGAAAUUGGAUUAAGGAAAAGAAGCAAAUGCUGUUGGAACUAUUCAUUACUUUGCAAACGAAAUAGAUCAAUUAUGUUUUGAAGUUGGCAAAUUACUUUAGAAACCUUAAGCUAUAAAAGAGUAGUUAAAUAAUAAAAAGAAAAUAUCCUAAGAAUAGCCUUGUAGUGAUAUGUAAAUCAAAUCACUCAAGUAGAUUAAAUCUCUCAAUAAUCUCAAUCCAUCACUUCAACGAUAAUAUACUGAAUAACUUUUACAAGAAUAAUAAUAAGGUUUACUGGAAUAUAGAAUCGAUGGAUCCCUCAAAACAAAUGGUUAAAAGUAAGGUCUUUAAAUAGUUCUACCACCAUAAAACUAAUUCACGGAUUGGCAAUCCCAAAAUGUCUAAAAUUAAUUGUAAAGAAACGAAAAGCCAUAUUUAGCUUAACAAAAAUCUGUUCAUCAAUUAUAUUAACGAAGUCAUAAAUCAAGUAUGAUUUGAAAUUUAUAUAGCAAUGAUUCCUGAUGAAGGGACAAAAAUAGUGAAAUAAAAUAAAAGAACAUAAGGGAGUUCACUUACUGAAUUAGCCUUUCAUAAAGAUGAAGAAAUAUAGAAGGCAAUUAAAAUUUUACAGGGAGGACUCAAAAAGUGAAC